GGCGAGGAUGCUGAAAAUAUCCACGGGAAUUACGAAACGUCAAAUUUAUUCAAGAAUUCCAAAAUCUCGAAACUAUGCCGCGACAGUGACAGGUGGAAUAACUGGAAUCGGACAACCUCAAACUCUAAAGGUGAGCAGGACCCGAGGGACUCCGAGCACCAGAACGGACCUGAAGGAAGCCCUGUUAGAAAAAAUACCCCUUCACUACGACCUGCUGCGAAAGUUUCGCACUCGUUACGGGAACUCCGUUGUCAGUCACAUCACCGUAAAUGACCUGUAUCAAGGUUUGAAAGGUGUAAGCACUGCGGUCAGAGAAACUUCGGAAAUCGAUCCAAAACUUGGGGUCAAGUAUCGAGGGCUCACGAUCCCCGAAGUUGUCGCGCUGCUACCACGUCGGGGAAAUUCACCCUGCCCGGAGGCUGUUUUCUGGCUUUUGUUGACCGGCGAUAUUCCGAGCCACGAACAAACCGCCUCGUUGACAGCGGAUUGGAUAUCGAGGCGGCAGAGGCGAAGAGAAUGGUGGGCAGAAAAAGGCGGAGGGAUCGUCGGUACGGUUUUAAAAACUUUACCGGAAAAUGUAUCACCCCUCGGAAGAUUGUGCGUCGCUCUGACGACUCUUCGCGCCGAUAAACACAUGCGAGACGCCUUGAAAAUUGGAGCGACCACUCACACGCACUGGGAAUACACUUACGAAGACUGCAUGGAACUCUUGGCGACUUUGCCGACGAUCGUGGGUCUGGUCAGCCAGUCAAAAAGUCUAGAUCAUAUUUCCGACGAAGGAGAUUGGGUCGAUCUUUUACUGGACUGUCUGGGAAACGUGGCUGCGGAUGACAAGGGGAAAAAAUCAUCCCUCGGCGAAUUCCUGCGCCUCUAUAUUACCGUGAACGCGGACGAAGACAGCGGUUCCCCGGGCGCUCACAUGACCCAAAUCCUCGGAUAUUCGACGUUAGAUCCGAGCCAGGCUUUAGCAGCGGGUGUCAUGGCGUACGCCGACGAACCACAAGGUGGAUCGAUGCUCCAGUGCAUGGACUUUCAAGCGAAACUCCAGAACGCAUUGGGAUGUGAGCCGACGGAAACUGCUAUGAAAAGCUACCUCGGUCUCCUGGUCGAUCGAGAAAUACUUCCGAGCGGUUAUAAAGAGUCGGAAUUUUGUGACCCGAGAUAUAUGAUGUUGAGAAAUUUCGCGAGAGAACGUCUACCGGAUGCGCCUCAGAUCAAGCUCUCUCGGUCCAUUUCAAAAGUUCUGAUUCCGAUGCUGAAGGAAGCUAAAUCGAAGAAUACCUGGCCUGAGCCUAACGCGAUAGCGGCUCCCAUUUUUCAAUAUUACGGUCUUCGAGAUAUGGAGUUCAAUCAGGUUCUGUUGUGUAUGUCCCGUGCCUUGGGGGCUGUUGCUUCCAUAAUUUGGGCCAAAGCCAUCAACGCUCCUGUUGAACGCCCUAGGUCGCAUUCCACCUACACUUACGUGGAAACCCAACAUAAUGUUCAAGUUAAAACGAAAAAAUACCCAGUGGAAGACGUGAAACGAUUCUUAAAGUAGACGUGGUGUAACAGAAGCCGACUCCAAUUUGCCUAUUUUUGAUUUGAAUGUGCCAAAUCGAGAAUCCUCGAAGAAGAAUUCAAAUGUGCUGAAUGCGCAGAUGGAGAUGGCAGUUUUGACGACCAAUAGCCUCAGUUUGUCGUCACUCCUGUAAAUGGCGUGACAUUUCAUCGAACGCACCUACGUACCGAUGAAUCCAGCGAUUGUACACAUCGUACGUCAAAAUUGUGAUAAAUACUUGCUUAAUGAUAAUCUGUCAAUGUUUUUCGAUAUUUAUACGUGCAUAGAAAAGAGUGAGAAUUUAUUUCGAAUAAAA